AUGGCGAAUACGAUUGAUUCCGUCGUCCUUCUGCUGCUGGCCGUCCUCCUCUCUCAUCUCUUUUCCGCCGCCGUCGCCAAGCAGUGCACCAACAAGCUGCCGCAAAUGGCGUCCCACACUCUACGCGCCGCCCUCCAGACUUCUCCGAACGCCACGUGGCGGGCAGAGAUGCUUUCUCUUAAUUACGAUUACCACCUCUCUCCCACCGACGACGCCGUCUGGGCCCACUUGUUCCCCCGCCGGAUUCUGAAUCAGGCGGCGGACCGCCCCGCAUGGGGAAUGGCCUACCGGAAAAUUAAAUCCGGCGCCGGAGCCGCCGUCAAAGGCCUGCUCUCCGAUGUGCCGCUCAACGCCGUCCGGCUGGAUUCCGACUCCUUGUACGGAAUGGCGCAGCAGACGAAUUUGGAGUAUUUGCUGAUGCUCGACGUCGACCGGUUGGUUUGGAGCUUCCGGAAGACCGCCGGCGCCGCCGCUCCCGGCCAGCCCUACGGCGGCUGGGAGGCCGCCGACAGCGAGCUCCGCGGCCACUUCGUCGGGCACUACCUGAGCGCCACGGCGGCGAUGUGGGCGGCGACGGGGAAUGCAACUCUGAAGCAGAAGAUGACGGACGUCGUAUCGGUGCUGUCGUCUUGCCAGAAGACGAUCGGAAACGGCUACCUGUCGGCUUUUCCGGCGGAAUUCUUUGAUCGUCUCGAAGCUCUUACGCCGGUGUGGGCGCCGUAUUAUACGAUCCAUAAGAUCUUGGCGGGGCUUUUAGAUCAAUAUAAAUUCGCUGGCAACAACGAGGCGCUGAAUAUGACAUUGUGGAUGGUCGAGUACUUCGACGAGCGCGUGCACAAUGUGGUGUCGAAGUACACGAUGAAAAGGCAUUGGCUCUACAUGAACGAAGAGACCGGUGGGAUGAACGACGUGCUUUAUAGAUUGUACUCCAUAACGGGCAACCCGAAGCACUUGAAGUUAGGCUAUUUCUUCGACAAGCCGUGUUUUCAAGGAUUGUUGUCUCUUAAGAUCGAUGAUAUUGCCGACUUUCAUGCCAAUACUCACAUUCCGGUGGUGAUUGGGUCGCAAACACGGUAUGAAGUCACCGGCGAUGCGCGCUACAAGGAUACAGCGACGUUCUUCAUGGAUGUCAUUAACUCUUCUCACACCUACGCCACCGGAGGAACAUCGGUCCACGAGUUCUGGUCCGAUCCAAAGAGGCUCGCGGACACACUGACAACCGAGAACGAAGAAUCUUGCGCAACAUACAACAUGUUGAAGAUUUCGCGCAUUCUUUUCCGAUGGACUAAGGAGACUUCAUACAUCGAUUACUACGAACGAGCGCUAACAAACGGCGUAUUGAGCAUCCAACGAGGAAGGGACCCCGGCGUAAUGAUCUACAUGCUUCCAUUAGGCCGCGGCAGCUCUAAAGCUCAAAGCUUCCACGGAUGGGGAACGCCCAACGACAGUUUCUGGUGUUGCUACGGGACUGGGAUCGAGUCAUUUUCGAAACUAGGAGACUCGAUAUACUUUGAGGAAAAAGCCAAAGUCCCGACUCUCUACAUUGUGCAAUACAUCCGCAGCUCUUUCGAUUGGGUGUCGGGAAAGUUUCGGCUGAGGCAGAAUGUCGAACGGGUGGUGUCGUGGAGACACCGGGUUCGGGUAGUUUUCGAGAUCGAGUGGGGAGAAGGAACAUCGGGGGCUGCCCUGAAUUUUAGGAUCCCUGUUUGGACAAGAUUGGAUUCUUCCAGGGCCCUGUUAAAUGGCAAGAAUCUUCGAGUGUCUACUCCAGGGAAUUUCCUGUCUGUUUCCAGGGCCUGGAGACAUGGCGAUAAUCUCACCCUGGAAUUUCCUAUCGGCAUCAGAACUGAGCCAAUCAAAGAUGAUCGGCCGGAAUAUGCGACGAUUCAGGCGAUUCUGUACGGACCGUACCUUCUGGCGGCGCUGUCGAACGGCGAUUGGGAAAUUGGGGCGAAGGCGACGGCGGCGUUUGAGGAGUGGAUAAGUCCCGUCCCGUCGAACUACAAUUCCGAUUUGAUUUCGCUGUCGCAACGGAACGGGGAAAUGUCGCUAAUCCACACCAACGGCACUCUGGCGAUGUCCCCGGCGCCGGCGUCGGGGACCAACGCCACCGUCAACGCGACGUUCCGCCUUGUCGUCGUUGGCGGUGGCGGUGGCGGCGGGUCGGGUCCGGGGAAGGCUAUUGGGAAGGAGGUCAUGCUCGAGCCUUUCGAUUUCCCCGGGUCCGUCGUCGUCGUCGCCGGCGACGGUUUCGGGGUUGUUCUGAAUUCGUCUGCCGCCGGCGCCGGCGUUUUCAAUAUGGUCGCCGGACUGGAUGGGCGGAAUGGGUCGGUUUCGUUGGAGGCAGCGGGGAGGAAGGGAUGUUAUAUUUCCGGCGGCGGCGGCGGUGGUGCCGUGGUGGUUGGGUGCAACGCGACGGCGGAUUCGGGGGGCAGAUCGGCGGCGAGCUUUGAUAUGGGGAGAGGACUGAGUGAGUAUAAUCCGAUGAGCUUCGUGGCGAAAGGGGUGGGGAGGAACUUCCUGCUGACGCCAUUGAUGAGUUUGAAGGAUGAAGCUUAUACUGUUUACUUUAAUUUUUCUGCCUAA